AUGAUCGACAAAGGCGACACAUCCGUCACGUACAGAGGUCCGCUCAAAGAUGACACCAGCAACAGCAUCAGCUCUCAAACAGGAAAUGAGAGCAACCGACAAGAUGAAGAAACAGCAAACGACCCCCUCUCAGCGCCAUUGAAGCGGCAGCUUAAAUCCCGACACUUGCAGAUGAUCGCGAUCGGAGGCAUCAUCGGCCCCGGGUUACUAGUCAGUUCGGGCAAUGCGCUGCAUGAGGGUGGGCCCGCCGGAGCUCUUAUCAGCUUUUCACUUGUCGGCACUAUUGUCUUCUUCGUCAUGCAAUCCCUGGGCGAGAUGGCGACUCUCAUUCCUGUUACCGGGUCUUUCACUGAAUAUGCGGAACGGUUCAUUGAUGAUUCGCUUGCGUUUGCGUUGGGUUGGGCAUACUGGUAUUUAUGGGUUACUGUCCUUGCGAACGAAUACAAUGCCAUCUCGCUUGUUAUUGGGUAUUGGACCGAUACUGUACCUCAAUGGGCAUGGAUUCUGAUCUUCUGGGUUAUGUUCCUUACGCUGUCUAAUCUUGGGAUUCUGGCAUACGGAGAAAUGGAGUUCUGGUUGUCACUUAUCAAAGUGUUGGCCUUGAUCGUUUUCUUCAUUCUCGCGAUUUGUAUCAGCACUGGUGGAGUUGGACCUCGCACCAUCGGUUUUACAUACUGGCAUGAUCCCGGGGCAUUUGCGGAUUCGAUCAAUGGCGUGGCGAAGACGUUUGUGGUUGCGGGGACACUAUACGCUGGGACUGAAAUGGUUGGCAUCACCGCUGGUGAGUCAGAGAAUCCGGCGAAAGCGGUCCCAAAGGCAAUAAAGCAGGUAUUCUGGCGUAUCUUGAUUUUCUAUAUUGGAACUAUAUUUUUUAUCGGAAUCCUCAUCCCAUGGAACGACGACAGGCUUUUAGGGUCUACCUCCAAGACGGCCAGCUCUCCGUUGACGAUUUCGUUGCAAGAUGCCGGCAUUUUACCGGCUGCCCAUCUCAUCAAUGCCCUCAUCGUGAUCAGUGUCAUCUCGGCAGGCAACAGUUCCCUAUAUGUGGCAUCGCGAACACUGCUCUUCAUGUCCCGAAAUGGAAAGGCGCCGCGGUUCAUCGGUCGUACCAAUAAGCUGGGGGUGCCAUGGGCUGGAUUGAUAUUUACCAACGUCUUUGCUUGCAUUGUGUUCUUAGGACAGUCAUCGAGUGCUGGAAAAGUUUACUCGGCCUUGAUUACACUCUCAGGAGUGGCUACUUUCAUCGUCUGGUCAGUGAUCGGAAUUGCCCAUAUCCGCUUCCGUCAAGCUCUCGUCGUCCAAGGGCAAGACCCAUCAAGACUCCCAUACCAAGCGAUCUUUUACCCCUGGGGAACAUACCUUUCGCUGGCAGCCAAUGUUUUUCUGAUUUUCUUCCAAGGCUACACGUGCUUCCUCAAUCCUUUCAGCUCAACCGACUUUGUGAUCAACUAUAUCCUGCUUCCAGUGUUUGUGCUGUUCGUCAUUGUUUACAAGUUUUGGAACAAGACCAAGCUUGUCAGAUUGGAGGAGAUGGAUAUCUGGACUGGGAGGAGAGGACUUGCAGAUUCUGAGGAGACUGAGACUCCAAAACCAGCGAAGAGCUGGUGGGCUCACAUUUAUUCGAUAGUCAUUGGGUGA